CCAACUACUCAUCUUCUUCCUGAAGUACUCCUCCAGGUUGCAGCCACACUCCCAACCUCCGUUUCAUUCCAUUCCACGCCAUGGCCAACAGCUCGCCUUCUUCUGUCAACAAGCACAUAUCGGAGACCUCGUCGAGAUGCCGGACAGAGUGCGUCACCACCGCCCACAACUUCGAGGUGACUGAGUACUCGCUGCUCGAGGGUAUGGGUAUCGGCAAGUUCGUUAGCUCCAGCACAUUCAGCGUCGGCGGCUAUAACUGGAACAUCAGGAUCUACCCUGAUGGGCGGAAGGAGGAGGACAAAGCUGCCUACAUGGGUGCCUUCCUGAGCACCUGCAGUAACCCAACAACAGGUGUCCAGAUGAAGAACACUUUCAGUUUAUUGGAGAAAGAUGGAAAAGUUACUUGUCUGUACAGCGACACACGUACCUUUCGGUCCGGUUCAUGGGGCUGGCCCAAGUAUAUUGAGAAGUCCAAGCUGAAGGAACUGCUAUCCCGCAAUGACGACUGCAUCACAAUCAGGUGCGUUUUGACCGUGAUGAAAGAGCCCCGCACUGAAGAUGUAAGCACAGUCAUGGUCCAAGUCCCGCAGUCGGACCUCCAAACACACUUCACAAACAUGUUGAAUCAUGGAGAAGGCAUGGAUGUGACGUUCACUGUCGGCCGCGAACUCUUCAGUGCACACAGGUGCGUGUUAGCCGCACGAUCCUUGGUGUUCAAGGCUGAGCUGUUUGGUCAGAUGAAGGAGACCACCAAGAGACGGGUCAAGAUCAAUGACAUGGAGCCAGCCAUCUUCGAGGCACUUCUUCACUUCAUAUACACAGAUUCAUGGCCUAGUAACUGUGAUCUGGAUCAGAAUGUGGAAUUGCAGCACUUGUUGGUUGCCGCAGAUCGGUAUGGACUAGAGAGGCUAAAGAUCAUUUGUGAAGGGAAGCUAUGCCAGAAAAUCGAUGUGCAAACAGUUGCAACCACCCUUGCUUUAGCGGAGCAGCACCACGCCACGCAACUCAAGAAUGCUUGUCUCAGGUACCUUUCUUCACAGGAGCUGCUUCGAGCUGUCAAGGAGACUGAUGGAUUCAAGCAUCUCACAGCAAGCUGCCCAUGGAUUAUGAUGGACAUUUUAGAGAGGGCCGCGCCACCGUCAGGAGUAUGAGCAGAACCUAUAUUGAUUUUCUUUUAUCAUGUGUCUGGUUUGUUUGUCAGGCAGGGCAUGGUUGCAUCCUCCGCCUCGAAGCAGUAGCAGUCUUGUAGGCUUUGCGUUUGUCUACUUUGGAUAUUGCUUUUGGUGGUCCUGCGAUAAAACUUGUAAUAGACCUGCUCCUAGUCUUCAUGUGUGCGGUUGGAUGUUGUGGUGACAAUUCCCCCCUUGUUGGGUUUUGCGCUUGCGGGAUUUGCUGCGUUGCCUGGUGCGGUUCCUAAGUAGCUUUUGGUUUUAUCUUUGUAA